GGUAAAUAAUAACAUUGAGCCACAUCAGAAACAUUGUUCAUUGGGGUGUUGCUUCAUAGAGACAACUGAUAUUUCAUCGCUUUUUCAUGUGCGAUCUUUUCCUUUUACAUCAUCUUUUACGUGUAGUUUUAUCGCCUUAUACGUGAUAAAAACACCAGUGAUGGAGCACAUACGGACCCCGAAGGUGGAGCAGGUGAAGCUUCUGGAUCGCUUCAGCAACAAGCUGAUGACAGGAACGCUGUACCUCACCGCCUCACACCUCAUCUUCAUGGACAGUAACACACCCAGCACUCAGGAGAUCUGGAUUCUUCACCAUCACAUCGCGUCUGUAGAGAAACUCUCCCUGACAGCCAGCGGCUGCCCGCUUCUCAUCCAGUGCCGUAAUUUCCGAGUCGUUCACUUUGUGAUUCCUCGUGAGAGAGACUGCCAUGACGUCUACAGCUCGCUGCUCCGGCUGCUCCGGCCAGUGUCAUAUGAUGAGCUCUAUGCGUUCUCCUACAACCCGAAGCAGAACGAGCAGCAGAGGGAGGAGGGCUGGCAGUUGAUUGAUUUGGGGGCGGAGUUUGAGCGUAUGGGUGUACCAUGUGACCAGUGGCAGCUGACGGAUGUUAACAGAGACUACAAGGUGUGUGAGACGUACCCCAGAGACCUGUAUGUUCCCAUCACGGCCAGUAAACCCAUCAUCGUGGGAAGCUCCAAGUUUAGGAGUAAAGGACGCUUCCCAGUCCUGACCUACUUUUACCAGGAAAAGAAGGCUGCAGUGUGUCGAUGCAGUCAGCCUCUCUCAGGCUUCAGCGCUCGCUGUCUGGAGGAUGAACACAUGCUGCAGUCCAUCAGUAAAGCCAACCACAACAAUCGCUUUGUGUAUGUCAUGGACACCAGGCCUAAGUUAAAUGCUCUGGCCAAUCGUGCGGCAGGGAAAGGCUACGAGAACGAGGACAACUACUCCAACAUCCGCUUCCAGUUCGUGGGCAUCGAGAACAUCCAUGUGAUGAGAGGCAGUCUGCAGAAACUUCUGGAAGUGGUUGGGACUCGUGGUCUCUCAGUGACCGAGUUCCUGAUAGGACUAGAAAACAGCGGCUGGUUGCGUCACAUCAAAGCGAUUGUUGACGCUGCAAUCUUCCUCACGAAGGCAGUAACAGUAGAGGGCGCUAGUGUGCUGGUUCACUGCUCAGACGGAUGGGAUCGCACGGCUCAGGUCUGCUCACUGGGUUCUCUGCUCAUGGACCCGUACUAUCGCACCAUCAAGGGCUUCAUGGUGCUGAUCGAGAAAGACUGGAUCUCCUUCGGGCACAAAUUUGCAGACAGGUGUGACCAGUUGGAUGGUGACUUAAAGGAGGUAUCUCCCAUCUUCACGCAGUUCCUGGAGAGCGUGUGGCAGCUGAUGGAGCAGUUCCCACAAGCCUUCCAGUUCAGCGAGUGGUUCCUCAUCCAGAUCCAUGAGCAUGUGCAUUCGUGUCAGUUUGGAAACUUUCUAGGGAACAACCAGCGUCAGAGGGAGGAGCUUCAGUUAAAAGAGAGGACGUACUCCUUGUGGGCUUAUCUCCUCAGUGAGCAGCAGCAUUUACUUAACCCACUGUACAGCCCGAGUUUCGUAGAGACGCACCCGGUUCUGGAACCUUCCACACAGCCCUGGAACUUUAAGUUUUGGAGAAACAUGUACCACCAGUUUGACCGCUCCAUGCACCCACGCCAGUCGAUCAUCAAACACACACUCAUGCUAAAAGAAAGCAGCGAGGAGCUGGAGAACACGGUGCGAGACCUACAGGAGAAGCUGCAGACGUUCGGAGUGAUCACGUCUCCUCUUAACCACACAAAAGAGCGAAGUAUUAUUCCGCCUCGACCGAGCUCGCUCAUUCUCGGAGCUCCGGUCAGCCGGAAGGACGAAGAUGAUGAUGAGGAGGAGAUAUAUGGAGAAGAGGCACUGGAGGAAGAGGACAACGUCCCGUCCAGCAGCAGCGGAGAACGGACUGUAGAGGGCAGCAGCGCCUCAGAAAACGGCUACACGGAGCUACAAGGAUCGUUCGGCUCCAAGAGCGAGCCGGCUGUCGUCAGCCUGGAGUUCGGAGUGGCUCGGAUGACCUGGUGAAGCUCGCUGAGAGACUGAGAUGUGUAUGUUGGUCAGGAUCAGUGAUGAGAGAGAGAGAGAGAGAGAGAUGAGAAAUGUGCGUGUGUGUGUGUGUGUGUGCGCGCGAGUGUGAUAGAAAGAGUGAGAUCGAAUGAUUGUGUCUGAAUAUUUGGCUUCAGGAAGGACGUGAGCCUUCAUGACCAUUUCCACAUCUAAAAAAAAAAAAAAAAGAAAUAUAUUGAGGAAUCUGUUCUCUAAAUCCAUUAUAAAUGAGCUGUGUGUCAUAAUCCAGUGAGAGGAGAUUUUUUUUAAAGAAUGUUAUUAGCAUUAAACAAAAAAUAUUAAAAGUUUAAACAAA